GGUAUCUUUGAGACCCUUGAGAAUGAACCCAUUAGUGUGGAGGAGCUGGCUUUUAAAUUCGCUGCGACAAACAUCAACAGGAACCGGACCUUAAUGCCCAACACCACCCUGACCUACGACAUCCAGAGAAUAAACCUCUUCGACAGCUUCGAAGCCUCCAGAAGAGGUAAGGAUGGUUGUUAUUUGUAUUCUUUACACAGUCAAUUGCUUUAUCCCGAGUGGCACCAUAUUUCCUAUGGGCCCUGGUCAAAUCUCUGUCUGCAUCCCCAUAGGGCCCUGGUCAGAUAUCUCUGUCUGCAUCCCCAUAGGACCCUGGUCAAAUCUCUGUCUGCAUCCCCAUAGGACCCUGGUCAGAUAUCUCUGUCUACAUCCCCAUAGGACCCUGGUCAGAUAUCUCUGUCUGCAUCCCCAUAGGACCCUGGUCAGAUAUCUCUGUCUGCAUCCCCAUAGGGCCCUGGUCAGAUAUCUCUGUCUGCAUCCCCAUAGGGCCCUGGUCAGAUAUCUUUGUCUGCAUCCCCAUAGGGCCCUGGUCAGAUAUCUCUGUCUGCAUCCCCAUAGAGCCCUGGUCAGAUAUCUCUGUCUUCAUCCCCAUAGGGCCCUGGUCAGAUAUCUCUGUCUGCAUCCCCAUAGGGCCCUGGUCAGAUAUCUUUGUCUGCAUCCCCAUAGGGCCCUGGUCAGAUAUCUCUGUCUGCAUCCCCAUAGAGCCCUGGUCAGAUAUCUCUGUCUUCAUCCCCAUAGAGCCCUGGUCAGAUAUCUCUGUCUGCAUCCCCAUAGGACCCUGGUCAGAUAUCUCUGUCUGCAUCCCCAUAGGACCCUGGUCAGAUAUCUCUGUCUGCAUCCCCAUAGGACCCUGGUCAGAUAUCUCUGUCUGCAUCCCCAUAGGACCCUGGUCAGAUAUCUCUGUCUGCAUCCCCAUGGGGCCCUGGUCAGAUAUCUCUGUCUGCAUCCCCAUAGGGCCCUGGUCAGAUAUCUCUGUCUACAUCCCCAUAGGGCCCUGGUCAGAUAUCUCUGUCUGCAUCCCCAUAGGGCCCUGGUCAGAUAUCUCUGUCUGCAUCCCCAUAGGGCCCUGGUCAGAUAUCUCUGUCUUCAUCCCCUUGGCUUACGCCACAUUUUGUUGUGUUACAAAGUGGGAUAAAAAUAGAUGUAAUUGUCAUUUUCUGUCAACGAUCUACACUAAAUACUCUGUAAUGUCAAAGGGGAAGAAAAAUUCUAACAUUUUGUAAAAAGUCCUGAAAAAUGAAACAGUAAUAUAUCUUGACUAGAUAAGUAUUCAACCCCCUGAGUCAAUACAUGUUAGAAUCACCUUUGGCAGCGAUUACAGCUGUGAGUCUUUCUGGGUAAGUCUCUAAGAGCUUUCCACACCUGGAUUGUGCAACAUUUGCCCAUUAUUCUUUGAAAAAUUCUUCAAGCUCUGUCAAAUUGGUUGUUGAUUAUUGCUAGACAACCAUUUUCAGGUAUUGCCAUAGAUUUUCAAGUAGAUUUAAGUCAAAACUGUCACUCGGCCAUUCAGGAACAUUCACUGUCUUCUUGGUAAGCAACUCCAGUGUAUAUUUGGCCUUGUGUUUUAGGUUAUUGUCCUGCUGAAAGCUGAAUUCAUCUCCCAGUGUCUGGUGGAAAGCAGACUGAACCAGGUUUUCCUGUAGGAUUUCCUGUGCUUAGCUUCAUUACAUUUCUUUUUUAUCCUGAAAAACUCCCCAGUCCUUAACGAUUACAAGCAUACCCAUAACAUGAUGCAGCCACCACUAUGCUUGAAAAUAUGGAGAGUGGUAUCUUUGUAGUGACUGGGUGUAUUGAUACACCAUCCAAAGUGGAAUGAGUAACUUCACCAUGCUCAAAGGGAUAUUCACGUCUGCUUUUUAAAAUGUAUUUAAAAUGUGAACCAAUAGGUGCCCUUCUUUGCGAGGCAUUGGAAAACCUCCCUGGUCUUUGUGGUUGAAUCUGUGUUUGAAAUGCACUGCCCGACUGAGGAACCUUACAGAUAAUUGUAUGUGUGGGGGUACAGAGAUGAGGUAGUCAUUCAAAAAAACAUGUUAAACACCAUUAUUGCACACAGAGUGAAUCCAUGCAACAUAUUAUGUGACUUGUUAAGCACAUUUUUACUCCUGAACUUAUGUAGGGUUUGAAUACUUAUUGACUCAAGACAUUUCAGCUUUUUAAAAUAUUUUAUUAAUUUGCACAAAUUUAGAAAAACAUAAUUCCACUUUGCCGUUAUCGGGCAUUGUGUGUAGGCCAGUGAACGAAAAUCUAAAUUGUAUCAAUUUUAAAUUCAGGCUGUAACACAACAAAAUGAGGAAAGAGUCAAGGGGUGUGAAUACUUUCUGAAGGCUUCUCACUUCAAUCCCUCUUGUGUCGUAGGCUGCUCUUGAUGCUGAGCGGGCACUGGAGUGUUCUUGUUUAUGUGUUUUAUUGAGCAUGCCUGUGUGCUUUCUGAAGGCACUGAAGGUCAUAAGGUUCCAUUUGGGAUGCAGCCAAUAACAGUCCCUCUCUACUGUCCCUCUCCCAGCCUGUGACCAGUUGGCUCUGGGUGUCGGGGCGGUGUUUGGGCCCUCUCACAGCUCCUCCGUCAGUGCUGUCCAGUCCAUCUGCAACGCUCUGGAGGUGAGACACAGUCACAUUACAUAACACACCGUCACAAUAACAUAUCACAUUACAUAACACACCGUCACAAUAACAUAUCACAUUACAUAACACACCGUCACAAUAACAUAUCACAUUACAUAACACACCGUCACAAUAACAUAUCACAUUACAUAACACACCGUCACAAUAACAUAUCACACAACAUAACAUACCGUCACAAUAACAUAUCACAUAACACACCGUCACAAUAACAUAUCACACAACAUAACAUACCUUCACAAUAACAUAUCACAUAACAUACCGUCACAAUAACAUAUCACAUUAUGUAACACACCGUCACAAUAACAUAUCACAUUACAUAACACACUGUCACAAUAACAUAUCACACUACAUAACACACCGUCACAAUAACAUAUCACACAACAUAACGUCACAAUAACAUAUCACAUAACACACCGUCACAAUAACAUAUCACAUUACAUAACACACCGUCACAAUAACAUAUCACAUUACAUAACACACCGUCACAAUAACAUAUCACACUAUCACACAACAUAACGUCACAAUAACAUAUCACAUAACAGACCAUCACAAUAACAUAUCACACCAUCACAUAGCAUAUCACACAACACAACGUCACAAUAACAUAUCACAUUACAUAACACACCGUCACAAUAACAUAUCACACUAUCACACAACAUAACGUCACAAUAACAUAUCACAUAACAGACCAUCACAAUAACAUAUCACACCAUCACAUAGCAUAUCACAUAACACACCGUCACAAUAACAUAUCACACUAUCACAUUACAUAACAUACCGUCACAAUAACAUAUCACACCAUCACAUAACACACCGUCACAAUAACAUAUCACACUUCAUAACAUACUGUCACAAUAACAUAUCACAUUACAUAACACACCGUCACAAUAACAUAUCACACUAUCACAUUACAUAACACACUGUCACAAUAACAUAUCACACAACACACCGUCACAAUAACUUAUCACAUUACAUAACAUACCGUCACAAUAACUUAUUACACCAUCACAUUACAUAACAUAUCACACAACACAACGUCACAAUAACAUAUCACAUUACAUAACACACUGUCACAAUAACAUAUCACACUAUCACACAACAUAACAUACCGUCACAAUAACAUAUCACAUAACAUACCGUCACAAUAACAUAUCACAUUACAUAACAUACCGUCACAAUAACAUAUCACACCAUCACAUAUCACACAACACGUCGUCACAAUAUCAAAUCACAUAACAUACCGUCACAAUAACAUAUCACAUUACAUAACAUACCGUCACAAUAACAUAUCACACCAUCACAUUACAUAACAUAUCACACAACAUAACACACCAUCACAAUAACAUAUCACAUAACAUACCGUCACAAUAACAUAUCACACCAUCACAUUACAUAACAUAUCACACAACACAACACACCGUCACAAUAACAUAUCACACCAUCUCAUAACACACCGUCACAAUAACAUAUCACACUAUCACAUUACAUAACAUACCGUCUCAAUAACAUAUCACACCAUCACAUUACAUAACAAACCGUCACAAUAACAUAUCACAUUACAUAACAUACCAUCACAAUAUCACAUUACAUACAAUCACAAUAACAUAUAUCACACUAUCACAUUACAUAACACACCGUCACAAUAACAUAUCACACCAUCACAUUACAUAACAUACCGUCACAAUAACAUAUCAUACCGUAACACACCGUCACAAUAACAUAUCACACUAUGUUACGAACCCAGUGGCUUUAAAAGUCUAGGGUGGAUGGAAAAGAGACCUGUAACAUAAUUCAUGCAAAUUAGAAUGGUGACACGGAAACAGUGAGAACAAAAAAUACACCGACAACCAUAAGCUACCGUCAAACAUAAAAUGUUUAUUUUGAACACACGGUAAAGGUUUGGGAAAAAGGGCUGAGCAGGACCCAAGAAAUGAAACAAUAGUGUAAAAAAAACCUAAACUGAUCUUGCCUGCCUCAAGAACCGCUAAGCUACUGCUAAUCAUACAACAAUUACAGUGGGUGGUCCGCUCAGGUCUAACUAGUGUUUUUAGACAAUGUUCUUCCUACGGGUAAUGUAUGCCCAAGGGCAACUUGCUUAAAUCCCCCUUUUCCCAGAAACACACAACAAAGUUACCAAACAGAGUAACCAGCAAAUGAGAGAGUACACAAAACACAGGACACCACAGUAUCCAUACUCACAUACGAAAAAUAGUCUCUCACAACAAACACAACUGACUGGCUUUUAAAACAAUGGGAGGUGUGAGUGAAAAACCAGAAACAGGUGGUGCAAUGCAGAGGAAUGUCCACUGAUUGGUCCACCUCAGCAAUCAGCAGCCAAACAGAUGUCGGACAGGUGGGACACCCCAACGACCACCAAUCAGGAACACAAAGGACACCUGUGAUUAGGGCAGAAGGAGAGGAAAAACACAAAAACACACACAGGAUACCUGUAUCCGUAACACACUAUCACAUUACAUAACACACCGUCACAAUAACAUAUCACACCAUCACAGUACAUAACACACCAUCACAUAACAUAUCACACAACACAACAUAAGACACCAUCACAUAACAUCAUAUUGUUUAAAAUUGGAUUGGUUGAUUGAUUGACUGAUUGAUUUUUGGGUAAAACAAUUUGUACCGUUUAAAACCAUUUAAAAGUACAAAGAAAUCCCAGAGGAGAACACAUGAAAGUGUUAAGCUUAUUUCUAAUGUGGUCCUCGAGUAAAGAAAAUUAAAACAUUGCAUUUGUGUUCCUGCUAAGGUGCCUCACAUAACAAAUGAUCACAUAAUAUAACAUUUUGAAAAAACAUUUUAGCAGACGCUCUUAUCCAGAGAGACUUACAGUUAGUGAGUGCUUACAUUUUCAUACUGGCCCCCCGUUGGAAUCGAACCCACAACCCUGGCGUUGCAAGCGCCGUGAUCUACCAACUGAGCUACAGGGGACCUAACAUCACUUAACAUAUCAUCACAUUGAUGAAAAAUAAACAUUGUGUUUAUGUCCCUCCUAAGGUGCCCCACAUCCAGACCCGGUGGAAACACCCCUCUGUGGACAACAAGGACAGCUUCUACAUCAACCUGUACCCAGAGUACGCCUCCAUCAGCAGAGCCAUACUGGACAUCGUGCAGUACUACAAGUGGAAGACAGUCACCGUGGUUUACGAGGACGCAACU